AUGGUUCGAGAUGAACGACAACGUCGAAGAGAAUCAUUACACAAGACUAUUGAUGAAUGGCGGACUGAGUGGAUCGCAAAGGAGCUGGCACUCAAACGUGAACAAGCCAGGAAAAGGGAGGCCGAAAAACGAGUGCAAGAGGCUGAGGCAAAUAGAAGCAAGCAUAGAGAACUUUCAAAACUGCUGGAAAAAGUCAAGAAAUUGCGAGACCUUCGUAGGGAUCGGUUGAAACGAGAAGGUCACUUUUUUCCCGAGGAAGAUGAUGAAUUCUUUAAUAAGGUUGCAUCAUUGAACGAUGUAAUGAAAAUUGAGGAAGCACGAUUAGAUAAGGAAAGGAAUGCAGCCGCUGAACACAAGAGAAAUGAAGCCAUGGAUGUUGGCAUGAAAGAACGAGAAAAGGAAAGGGAUCCUGUUUAUGAAUAUUGGCAUCAAGCUGAAUUUGAUAUUGAUAACCUUAUCUCAAUCAGACGUCAAUGGGAUGCAUUUUUGGUUGCACCUAGUACUACUGGAUCAUCGUGCAUCCCACUAUCUUUUGUAGAUCCUUCACCCCCUGCAAAUUAUGUCUGGGCUUCUUGUCUUACGCAUGGCUCAAACUGA